AUGGAAGACAGGGGCACUGGUUUCAGCGCCAUUAAGAGAAGUAAACUGGAAAUUAAAGGUUUAAAAACUAACCUGGCGAUCGAACUGGAUCAACUCCAGAAAAGUUUAGAAAGGUUCGAGAACAUCGUUAUAAAUGAUCUCGAGAACAAGCGCCUCCCGGCAUCCGCUCGUUCCGAAAACAUGAAACUAGCAAGUCCGGUAGAAGAACGUCAGCAGCAGAUGCAGAUCGAUCAAAGAAAACUUGAAAUUGAUUAUCAUACUCUACGAACGAAAUUGCUGAAUGCAAUCCGUCCAACCGAAACUUCGCUGAAGGAGUAUCAUGAUGAAGUCGCGAUUAUCAAGGAUAAUCUCUAUUUUGACCUGAGGAUUCUCUUCGCGAAAACUGAAUACGAUAAGCGUUGUAUUCAAAGAAAUGAUAAGUUUGAAGAGCUGAGAAAAAAAAUCGAAUCCUUGGCUCUUGAUGGUUCUCGCAGUUCCUUUGACUCAAUGAUGAAAGCAUGCACCAUGCUCGAAUUUGGCCCAAUUGAUAUCAAUUCAGAGGGGCUUGAUAAUAUUUUUGAUGCUCCGCAGUACCGUGUUCUCUACGAGUUCGCUGAACGUCUUGCGAAUGAAAAAAUUGUUGUCAGUGGUUCCUACCGGCUCUAUUUGAUUACUUCCGCUGUAGCUAAUUUGAUGAAAGAGAUGCUACGUCAGCGAUUUAAUUACACUUUUGACACAAUACCAGCGCCACAGAAUGCUUUUGCUACUCUUGCUGAGUUUUGCAUAUUACGUUCGGACGAAAACGCCUUGACUACCAAGAAGCUGUUGGAGCAAUUAGGCUUAGUAAUGCAAGCCUAG